AUGGCAAGAUUGUCUAGGCUCUACCGAUCGGUAGGAAGCCGUAGUCCCAAGAGAGGUUGGGACGUAAACGUCCAGACGCUGAUCGUCAAGCUUGGCCUGAACUUGGUUUGGAGAUGGUUGGCGCUCCGUGCGUCGAUCAUUGAGCCUAUCUCGGUAGUCGGAGUAGACUCGGUAUUCUUGGUGCCAAUUGUCAGGGGAGGGCACGAACAGUUCUUGGGAGGCGAAAGGUUUGGUCGUGGGCCAUUCCUUUUCCCUGCCACGACCACUGGGCUUCGGCAUGCUUCUGAAUGA